AUGGUCCGCUUCGAUCGCUAUACCGGCCCCCCUUAUUUCGACGACCCUGAGCUAGCCAACGUCCAGCCCAUCUUUCGCUCCUGGCGGGACUUCAUCAAGGGUAGUAUGCCCUGCUCUCGCACUCAGUUUCCCUUGACAAUCGCAUAUAGCAUCACUGUGCACAAGGCACGGGGUGCUACGCUUGAAUGGGUUGUUGCCGAUAUAUCCCAUCGCGAUUUCCAGUCUGGCCUCACCUACGUCGCCGUCUCGCGCGCCAAGACGUUGAAUGGCAUCAUGUUUGAUGCGUCCUUUGAUCUCAAUGAUAUCCGGCGUCGCACGGAUGGCUCUAUGGCUGCUCGGGCUGCUGACGCUGCCCGGCUUGCUGGCCAGGUUGUGACUGCCCAGGAAGUAUUGAAUUGA